AUGGCAGUCGUUGGGUUUGAUGUCGGAUAUCAAAACAGCCUCAUCGCAGUUGUGAAAAGCGGAGGCAUCGAGAUAAUAACAAAUGAAUUCACAGACCGAUGCACGCCGGCUGUCGUAUCAUUUGGUCCAAAGAACAGAACCAUCGGUAAUGCUGCUAAAAAUCAGAUGAUAACAAAUGCUGGAAGCACAGUGUGUCAUUUUAAAAGAUUACACGGCAGAUUAUUUCGUGACCGGGUGGUUCAAGAUGAGAAAGCAAAUUUGCCCUAUGAUCUUGUACCGCGAUGUGAUGACAGAGUCGGAAUCAAGGUUGCGUACCUUGGUAAAGAACAUCUGUUUAGCAUUGAGCAGGUUAGUGCCAUGCUGCUGACCAAAAUGAAAGAAAGUGCAGAGGCCAAUUUACAGAAGAAAGUAGUGGACUGUGUCAUCUCUAUCCCUUCAUUCUUCACUGAUUCAGAGAGAAGGUCUGUGUUGGAUGCUGCCAGAAUUGCUGGCAUGCAUUGCCUGAGGCUUUUAAAUGACACCACGGCAGUGGCUUUGAAUUAUGGCAUAUACAAACAGGAUCUUCCAACUCCAGAUGAAAAACCCAAGUUAGUGUUCUUUGUGGACAUGGGCCAUUCAGCCUUACAGGUUUCUGCCUGUGCGUUUAACAAGGGAAGACUAAAGGUGCUGUCCACAGCUUUCGAUCCAUUUCUGGGUGGCAGAGACUUCGAUCAGAGGCUUGUGGAGUAUUUCUGUGCUGAGUUCAAAGCCAAGUAUAAGUUGGAAGUGAAGUCGAAGACUCGGGCUCUGUUGCGGCUUCAGCAGGAGUGUGAGAAACUCAAGAAACUGAUGAGUGGCAACUCCACAGACAUUCCUUUCAGCAUUGAGUGUUUUAUGGAUGACAAGGAUGUUUCUGGAAAGAUUAAUAGGACCAAAUUUGAGGAGUUAUGUGCUGAUCUGAUAGAGCGUGUGACGGUGCCCCUGGUCGCUGCGCUGGAGCAGGCUCAGGUGCAGCUUCAGGACAUCAGCACUGUUGAGAUAGUUGGGGGAGCCACACGCAUUCCUGCAGUGAAAGCACAGAUCAGCAAGUUCUUUAAGAGAGAGAUCAGCACCACACUAAACGCUGAUGAAGCUGUGGCCAGAGGCUGUGCUUUACAGUGUGCCAUGCUUUCCCCUGCCUUCAAAGUCAGAGACUUCUCUAUUCUGGAUGCCAUUCCAUUCCCUAUCUCUCUGUCUUGGACCGCUGAGUCUGAUGAAACCAAAUCGGUUCAUGAAAUAUUUGGCAAGAACUAUUUGUUUCCCUCUUCAAAAAUGAUAACAUUCUAUAGGAGCAAGCCUUUUGCUCUGGAGGUCUUCUACACAGACCCAGCAUCGCUGCCCUUCCCAGAGGCAAAGAUUGGGGAGUAUACAGUACAGAAUGUUCGACCUCAGGAGACAGGGGAAAGGUCAAAGGUGAAGGUGAAAAUGCAGGUGGAUGCUAGUGGGAUUGUGAGUGUGACCUCUGCCACACUACUGCAGAAGGUCACUGCCGAGGAUCCAGAGACCAGCCCUGAGAAAACCAGUCAGGAGGAAAACUGCCAUCAAGACGUCUCUGCUGACCUGGAAGAUCAGGACAAGGAGACAAAUUGCCAGCUCUCGCUGGACAAAGAUGCCCACCCAACAGCACAGUGUUUCCCCAUGGAAAAAGAGCAAAGUCUUACUCAGGCAACGAGUCUGAAUGAAGAGUUGAACAGUCAGCCCCCACAUGCUAUGAAAGCAAAGAUGAAGGUCAGGCAUGUGGGACUGCCUAUUGAGGAGAAAAGAAUGUUUCAGUUAGGGAAGGACCAGCUGGAUGGUUACAUUACACAAGAGAGCAAAAUGGUACAGCAGGACCUCCAGGAGAAGGAGCGGAACAAUGCCAAAAACGCUGUGGAGGAGAAUGUGUACUAUUUCAGACACAAACUGGAAGGGCCUUACCAAAAGUUCCUCAGCGUGGAGGACCAGCGGAAGUUCUUUGAGCUGCUGAGUCUCACAGAGGACUGGCUGUAUAAUGAAGGGGCAGACCAAGACAAACAGACGUAUCUAGACAGGCUGGCAGAGAUCCAUAAGCUAGGCAUGCCUGUGAAAGACAGAUACCAGGAGUCUCUGAGGAGACCCAAACUGUUUGAAGAGCUCUCCACUAAAAUCCAGGGCUAUCAGGGGAUCAUGGAGGAGUACCAGAAUGGGAGUGAGAACUAUAGUCACAUUGACAAACCAGACAUGGAGAAAGUGAGGAAAUGCAUUCAGGAAACACAGGAAUGGAUGACUAACAUGAACAAAUCUCAAGACAAAUUGAGCCCAGAUCAGGAGCCGGCUGUGCACAGCUCUGAGAUCCACAAGAAGGUCCAGGAGCUGCACAACAUGUGUGAGGAGAUUGUUACAAAACCCAAGCCGAGGGUGGACUCCCCUGAUGAGGAGAAGAUGCAGACAGAAAAGACUGCCCAGAGGAAGAUCCCAGAAGAUGUGACAAUGGAACAGAUAGAUGCUCUCCAAAACAGUGAGAGCAGCACACUCAGCUCUGAGCUGGACUAG